AUGGAGUGGGGCUGGGGGGAGAGUUGUAGUCUGGGCCUCCCCGGGGCUGGAGCGGCCUGGCCUCCCCGGGCUUCUUUCAGAUCAGAGGAGACGAGAUAAGGAAAGGGAGGUGGGGGGUUCCCUCUGGUGCACGGCUGGGCCCAUUCCUGCCGUCUCGUGGCUGUUAGAAAGGGGCCUCGGAGGCUGUCAUCACUGGGACACGUAUUGUUGAUCACGCCGGGUCCGCCCCGGCCGACCCGAGAGGAAGGCGGCGGGGACCCCAUGCUGGGCUGCAGCAUCGGGGGAGCCUCUCAUUCGUCCCCGGUCCAGCGUCUGCCUUCCUCGUUACUCGCCAUUGGAAGCAAACCCCGCUCUCUCUUGUAAAUCUCAGACCCUCUGGAGCCGACCAUUCCACAAAAUGUGCACUUGCAUUCAGGAUGAAUUUAAUUCAGCUUGUACGUGACCACUGGGUACAUAUACUUGUCCCUAUGGGAUUUGUCGUUGGAUGUUAUCUAGACAGAAAGAGUGAUGAAAAGCUAACUGCCUUCCGGAACAAGAGUUUGUUAUUUAAAAGAGAACUGAGACCCAAUGAAGAAGUCACCUGGAAGUGAAGGCUGUGGCUGAAUUGCAGAAUGGUCACAUUUUUUAAAUUAUCAGAAAAAUAAAAAAACUGAACAAUU